GAUACCCCAUUGUCUCUCGUGUGUUCCAGAACAUUCAGAAAAUGGAGAACGACGCAUUCAUAGAUCAAAACUUUGUCGACAAUGAACAAGAAGAAAUCUCUGAUUCCUUUGUUUGCUGCGUUUGUCUGGAUGUAUUGUACAAGCCUAUUGUGCUAUCUUGUGGUCACAUAUGCUGUUUCUGGUGCGUCCAUAAAUCAAUGAAUUGUCUGCGCGAGUCUCAAUGCCCAAUUUGUAGGAAUCAAUAUUAUCACUUUCCAACAGUCUGCAAAAUGCUUCACUUUUUGCUUCUUAAGAUCUAUCCUCUUGCUUACAAGAGAAGAGAAAAUCAAACUCUUGAGGAAGAAAAGACAACAGGCUUCUACUCCCCUCAACUUGAUCCUGAUAAAUGGGGAUCAGAAGCUAAAUUUGGUCAUUCUGGCAGCCCUUCAUCCUCCUCUACUGUAAAUCUGGUUUCCAACUCAUGCAAUGUGGGAACUUCUGAGUGUAUCGAGCAAUCAGGGGCCACCACCCAUGAAGGAGAUGAAGGAACCAUCUAUUCUGAACACUCUUCUGAUGGAGAACCUGUAAAUGUAAUUAUUGGGACUCCUGUUGAAGGAAAAAAAUUGCCUCAGGAUGAUCUUUAUCUACAACAGAAAAUAUUAGUUGCAGAUGUGAUGUGUACAUUGUGCAAGCAAAUGCUAUUUCGUCCUGUAGUUCUUAAUUGUGGUCAUGCAUUCUGCGAAACUUGUGUCAGCAACUUGGCUGAUGAGAUGCUUAGAUGUCAAGUUUGUCGAAGUCCACAUCCAAGAGGAUUUCCAAAAGUGUGCUUGGAGUUUGAUCACUUUUUGGAGGAACAAUUUCCUGAAGAAUAUGCACGACGAAGAGAUGCUGUUGAACUAAGGGAAAUCAAAGUCAAUCCUGAGACCUCUUCUUCUUGUUCAUUGGAUAAUGGUAACAAAGAAGAAAAUACAGAAUGGUGGUCUGAUCCUGAGUCAAAAGUUCACAUUGGAGUUGGUUGUGAUUUUUGUGGGAUGUUUCCAAUCAUUGGAGAUAGAUACAGAUGCAUUGACUGUAAGGAGAAGAUGGGUUUCGAUCUUUGUGGUGAUUGCUAUAACACCCGCUCCAAGCUUCCAGGCCGAUUUAAUCAACAACACACCUCAGAGCACAGAUUCAAGCUUGUACAACACAACAUUAUGCGUAACAUAAUGUUGAGACUGGUCACGGGACAGUUAGGGGACAGUUCUAUGGACAGUGAGUCUUUUGGAAAUUUAGAAUUUGCAUCCGAAGGGACCCCUUUGUUUGAUGAUGGAGAUGAUAACCAGAAUGAUUCUGAAGACCCCAAUUGAAAAAUUGAACUUUCUGAUGGGGGUUUUAGUGGAUAACUUCUUGGUGAUCUCACAGAUAAUGCUUCAAGUAAGUUUGCAAAUCAAAUUGGUUGGGAAUUCUCAAAUCCACAUGGGUCUAUGUGAUUUUCCUAAUUUAUGCUAACAUUGGCAUUAGUUUUCCAUCCCAACUAAAUUUUUAUCCAGCUUGUGGCAAUCCGUGAAUAUUUUCAGCCAAUGACAUUAGAUGCUGGAAAUUUUGUUAGGCCCUUGAUGGUAAGAAUCUUCUACCUUACUAUAUGAUAAUAUUCAGGAAUGUACAUAUUCUUAGAGUUUGCCUGAGAUAUAUGAAAACGUGAUUAUUAUAAUAAUUGGUAUAACAUUCUAAAUAAUUUACCACUGAACAGUGUGUAUUGUCCUAUGUGAUUAUUUGAAUGUGAUGUAUUAUAUGAUUUGAAAGAUCUUUAAAUUAUGUUACUUUUCGAAACUAGUAAACUUGUGUUGUCAAGGUGCUCUUAUUUUUC